AUGGCAAAAACCUCUCACACUUUCUUGCCUCUUAUCUUUCUCUCAUUCCUCACUCUUGUUGCAUCUUCCCAUGCCGGUGGCAUAGCAAUCUAUUGGGGCCAAAACGGCAACGAAGGAACCUUAUCCGAAACAUGCGCCACCGGAAAAUACACCCACGUUAUCAUAGCGUUCCUCAACGUAUUCGGCAACGGUCAAACCCCCGAAAUGAACCUCGCAGGUCACUGCAAUCCAUCAACAAACUCAUGCACAAAAUUCAGCUCCGAAAUCAAAGAUUGCCAAAGUAAAGGAAUCAAAGUCUUACUUUCAAUCGGUGGCGGAAUCGGAAGCUACACUUUAUCUUCAAUCGAAGAUGCAAGAAACGUGUCCACCUUUUUAUGGAACACUUUCUUGGGUGGCAAGUCAUCUUCAAGACCAUUAGGUGAUGCUGUUUUAGAUGGAAUAGAUUUCGAUAUCGAACUUGGUUCAACACAAAACUAUCAACACCUUGCACGUUUUCUUAAAGGGUAUUGUAGAUUUGGAAAAAGGGUCUAUCUUGGUGCAGCUCCUCAAUGUCCAAUUCCUGAUAAAUUUCUAGGCACAGCCCUUCAAACGGGUCUUUUCGACUUUGUUUGGGUUCAGUUCUAUAACAACCCUCCUUGUCAAUAUAAUGGUAACAUAACCAAUCUUGUGAGUUCUUGGAAUCAAUGGACAAAGAAUGUUCCAUCUGGGAAGAUAUUCUUGGGGUUGCCGGCGGCUACGGCGGCUGCCGGAAGUGGUUUUGUUCCGGCAGAUGUGGUGAGUUCUGAGAUUUUGCCUGUGAUUAAGAAGUCAAGAAAUUAUGGAGGAGUGAUGCUUUGGUCUAGAUUCUAUGAUUUGCAGACUGGGUAUAGCAAUUCUAUUAUUGGAAGCGUGUGA